AUGGAUCAGUUAAACAUUGAAAAAUCUAGCAAUAUAUGCGAAACUAUCUAUGCUGAAGUAAUUCGUACUAAAAAAGAAACAUCCGAAGAUGUUGCAAAAAUUUUUAUGAUGGCAAUAGUUAGUAUGGAAAUUGUGGAUGCGAAAAAUAUGCAAAAUUCUAUCGCAACGAUUGAAAAUCUUUCUCCGGAUGAAACGAUUUUAUCACUAAAAAAACGAAUCACACAAAUCAAUGGAAGUUUAUCGGUGGAGCGACAAUCACUUCGCUUAGAUGCAAGAGGAAAGAAUCUUAAUGAUGAAACAUAUAUAUCUGACUUAAAUUUGCCAUCAAAAGGUGCUCAGUUGUUUUUGAAAGAUCUUGGCCCUCAAAUUUCAUGGAAAACGGUAUUUUUGGCUGAAUACGCAGGACCAUUUUUCAUUUACCCAGUCUUCUUUUUUAGACCGGGAAUAUUUUAUGGGAUUAUGUCACAUGAUCAGUCCAUAAAUGUUACCUCAUCAGUACGUUUAGCUCUUUUAUGUUGGACAUUUCACUAUUUGAAGCGGCUUUAUGAAACUGAACGGAUUCAUCGUUUUAGUAAUGCUACAAUGCCAAGAUUCAACAUUUUAAAGAAUUGUGCCUAUUAUUGGGGAUUCUGUGCUUUUAUUAGCUAUUUCAUCAAUCAUCCACAUUAUACUCCACCGUACUUUGGCAAUGUUCAAGUUUUUUUAGGACUGAUUGGUUUUCUGCUUAGCGAAUUCGGAAAUUUUUCUAUACAUGUUGCAUUGCGAGAGUUGCGACCAGAAGGUACAAAAAAACGUAAAAUUCCAUAUGCGUCAACCAAUCCUUUUACUUUAUUAUUUAAUUUUGUCAGUUGUCCGAAUUACACCUAUGAAAUAGCUGCUUGGCUAUCAUUUUCGAUAAUGAUUCAAUCUCUACCGGCAUUUAUAUUUACCAUCACUGGUUUUAUUCAAAUGUCAAUUUGGGCUUUGAACAAGCAUCGCGUAUAUCUAAUAGAAUUUCCGAAUUAUCCCCGAACUCUUUGGGACUUGCUUAUUGACUCUAUCCUGAGGAUGGCUUGGAACGAAUGGCAAGCUGUUUUGUUAUGUUCUGGAUCAGGAAAUGGGCUUUUGCCUAUAACAGAAAAUAAUCCGAAAUGUCUUGUUCCGGUAGCCGGUUUGCCCUUAUUUUGGUAUCAGCUAAAAUUUUUAGAGAUGAAUGGAUUCAAAGAUGUAUUUUUCGUUGUUCCGGAAAGGUCAUAUGUGAAAAUAUCAAGUCUUUUGAAUGGACGAAUACCUCCAUUACACGAUUUGAAUAUUAACUAUAUAACCAUGGAAGAAUCAACUGCUGAAUGGGGCACUGCAGAUAUUUUACGACACAUUGAAGAAAAAAUUAAUAGAGAUUUUAUUGUUGUCAGUGGUGAUUUUGUUUCAAAUGUUGAUUUGAUGCCGAUGCUUUCCUUGCAUCGAUCCAAAAAUUCUGCUUUAACGUGUUUAUUGGCCAAAAAUGCUGCCCAAGGUUCUGUACCUGGCUCAACAAUAAAGCGGUCAAAUGGUCGCGAUUUGGUUGGCAUGACUGCAUCUAAUCAGUUGCUUUUUAUGAGUCCUGAAGAUGACAUUGAAGAUAGAAUAUUAAUUGAGCCGGAAUUUUUGAUGAAGCUAAUUUCUGCAAGAAAAAAAUAUAUUUUUAAGAAACAAGGAAAAUUGAUAGCCUGCAACAAGAAAAGUGAAACAGAUGAACUCAUUAAUAAAUUAAAUCCUGGCAGUAUUCAUUCGAUGAAUGGUCCUUCUUUUCAGUGCUUUGCUUAUGUUGUAACAUCGAAUGAACAAUUAUUCAUCGCCCAUUGCAAUAAUAUAGGGGCAUAUUUUGAAGCCAAUAAAGCAGUAUUUUUUCAUUUAUUACCGAUUGUUAUAGUGGAUUUCUUACCUUUAUUCGAUGAAAAUUUUCCUCCUACUUGUAAACUCAAAGACAUUGCAUUUGUAUGCGAUUCGUAUAUCGUGUCAAAUAUGCGUUUAACGGAAAGAAAUAUAUCGACAACCGAUAAACCAGUUAUUAAACGCUCAGUAAUUGGCAAGAACUGUUUGCUGGGAAUAAGAACUAAGAUAUUGAAUUCAUUAAUAAUGGAUCGUUGCGUCAUUAAAAAUGGGUGA